CCUAGGGAAGCGGCUUCGGUUGGACGGACUCGCUGUCCCUUACCUCCCGCUCUUUCAUCUCCCUCCCUCGCUCUCCAAAUCGUUAUACCCUGGCUUUCCGCUCCCUCCCUUCCACUGGAUUGCAAUCCGAUCCUUCGACGACGUGAAUUAAUAGGCAUAAAAAUCGCUUCUUGGGAGGGAAGUCCGCGAAUUCGCUGGAUCAUUGUCGAUUUUGAUUUUGAUUUUUGAUUCUUGUUGUUCUGUGGCUGCCAUCUCUGUUGGGGCUCCAAUUUUCGCCUCCUCUUGAUUGCUUCUGGAGAUUUUUGGGGCCAAAGGUCGAAGCUUUGUACGAUUUGAGAACCACUGGGAGGGGAUUGGGGCCAAAGGUCGACAGCCUUCUUCGUCCGAAGGGGGAGAAGCCUGUAAGGGGUUCGAUGGGGAGGGUGAAACUGAAGAUAAAGAGACUGGAGAACAGCAGCAGCCGGCAGGUUACCUACUCGAAGAGGAAAGCGGGGGUGAUGAAGAAAGCGAAGGAGCUAUCGAUCUUGUGCGACAUUGACCUUGUCCUCCUCAUGUUCGCGCCUAAUGGGAAGCCCACAGUAUGUGUUGGAGAUCGCAGCAACAUUGAGGAAGUUGUUGCUAGGUUUUCUCAAGUAUCCCAACAAGAAAGGGCAAAAAGAAAGUUGGAGAGCCUUGAAGCUCUCAAGAAGACAUUCAAGAAGUUGGACCAUGAUGUUAAUAUUCAAGAAUUCCUUGGUCCAAGCACCCAGACAGUUGAGGAGCUGGCUAGUUACCUAGGUUCAUUGCAUGGUCAACUAUUAGAUGUACAAAAAAGACUAAGUUAUUGGGCUGACCCAGAUGAAAUUAGUGACAUAGACCAUAUUAGGGCUAUGGAACAAUCUCUCAAGGAAUCUCUCAGCAGAAUCCAGGCACAUAAGGAGAACUUUGGAAGGCAACUUAUUUCUGUGGACUGUUGUGGCCAGUUCCAGAAUGACAUACAUCUACACUCGGGAUUUAACUAUGAGCAAGGAGCCUCACCAGUAUCAUGGCUUCAUAACAAUGAUGGCCAGCAAUUGAUGCUUCCACAAGAUUCUAAUUUGCUAUCUCAGAGCAACAUGACUAGACCAAAGUGCUGGAUCAUUAACCCACACCUGUUGUUGGAGGAGAGCAUUCCUGGACUCCCAUCCUUCGAUCUGUCUUCCUCAAUGAAGUGGCAGAUGGCAGGAGUCUUCAUUAUGUUAAUCCCCUUCACGUGAUGCUCUCCACAGUCAAUCGACGAUGCAAGAUCGAAUUGUAUAUUGUGGUUGUUGUGUAUGCCUGUUACAGGAAAAAUAUCCUCCUUGUAGUUCAUAUUCCAUAGUUGUCGUUGAUGAUCCUCGGGCUGGCCAGCUAUUCAAGUAUGUUUAGGUUGUUGGUAGAUGAGGAGGUCUUCUUCCUCUUGUAAAUUUUCCUUUGUAAACACUGUACAUUCACUCAGACUGCCUCUUCUUCUCCAGGUGUAACUAUAAACUGUAAAUGAGGAUCAACUUUACUCGAAAGCUGCUGUUAUGAACCAAGUUACCUUGUAAAGAAUGUAUUCUUGGGUGGAUCCCUUGGGACAUCAUGCA